AUGGCUUCCGGAUUGAGUCUCCACGUCACGGUUUACAUCGAUCCCUCCAAUGUGGAGACAUUCUUCAAGCAUUUCAAACUCGUCUAUGACGCAGUUGUGGCAGAACCUGAAUGUCGAUUCUUCGAGGUAUAUCAAGAUCCGGCGGACCCGGGAACGUUGAGUUGGGUAGAAAACUGGAAUGUGACUCCUGAAUGGUUUAUGGAGAACCAAGUGACCAAGGACUACUAUAAACCAUAUUUCGCAGCUACGGAGCCCAUGUUUGUCAAGCCGCGAGAGUUUAAGAUUUACAAUCGUCUUGGAGCAGAUUACUUUAUGGUCAAGGAGCAGUAG